AUGAUCAGCGACGAAGCUGAACCCAGCGAGGUGGAUGUGUGGGCGGCCAGGCACAAGAUUGAAGAUCUGGCAGGCACUCUCAUGGUGAAUGGCCAUUCAAAAGUCAAAGACAGCAACCCUCACCCCUUCAGUCAGCUUCCUUUCCUACCUUCACCAUCUCAGAUCAGCACUCCACCACUUCCCACCAACUCACAACCAUCAUCUGCACCCCUUCCCCAAUGCCAUCAAUCACCAAGACACAGGCAAGUGUGCAACACUGCAAGAAGAACUGCCACCAGUUACACAUCCCUGGCCAGCAGCACACUUGCACACCUGAUCAGAAGUGCCCUGGCUUCUCAUCUUGCCUCCAUCUGCCCUACCAUCCAGAAGAAAAGAAGCACCAUUGGGAGGAGGAGAGAGCAGAAUGGAAGCAAAAACAUGCACUCAAGAAGGAGGACAAGAGUGAAGUCAAGAGGAGGAAGGAUGAUCUUCUCCAUGUGCACAAGCAGAAGAAGUAUGAUGGCUGGUGGUGGCUGGCCUUGGAGAGGGUGGUGGUGA